AUGGCUUGCGUGUGGAAAAUCGAUGCGGGCAAGAUGACAACCGACGAUGGUCGGCAGAUGUUUCACUUGAACGUGGCGAAUUUGACGGUGAACGCGCUGGUGUUUGGUAGCUGCCUCGUGGCCCUCGGCUUCGUUUGGUGGUGGUUCGAGAAAAGGCGUCAUAAUCUGCUGGCAUUGCAUAAUUUGCGGUCUGCGGUGCUGCUGGCAGCGGUGCUCGCUGGGCUCGCAGAAAUUGGCCACCAGUGGCUGACCGUCCAUCGGUUGCGGCAGGCUCUGGCCGCCGUCGUCUGCGUUGCGGCACCGGACGUGCCGCACUCACAAGCGGAAGCGGAAGUUCCGUCGAUGAUCGGCCGGACUGGGGAGCUGGCCAAUGGCGUCGAUGCCGGUGCAGGUGCAGUGGCCUGGAACACGGCCGUGAUCGGUCUGGCGGCCGCUAGUGUCGGGCUCGGGGCCCUGGUCUGCCUGGCCGUACUGGUGCGCGUCAUUGAGCGACGCGAUAAAUGUGGACUAUUAUGGAUGGCCCUGGCGGCCGAAGGCGCCCAGUCGAUAGUGCGGUGGUGCAAAUUUAAAUAUAUCAACGACGACGACGACGGUGUCAUCGGCACCGUCCCGGGGCGCCCCACGGGUGGCCACGGCAUCGUCGGCCGGCCGGAAGUGUGCCUGGCGCUGGCCGCCGCCCUGGCUGCCACCACGCUGGCCGUCGUCGAUGGAUUUACGCUGUACCUCGAGAAAAACUCCGGACGCCGGCACGUUUCAUCGAUAAUGUUGUCGAACGAGAGAAAGCUCGGCUACAAGACGCCGCAUUCGCCGUUUCUGUCGAAAAUCACUUUCCACUGGAUCGUGCCGCUGCUGUGGCGCGGCUACCGGCAGCCGCUGGAGCUCGAGAACCUUGGCGCCCUGCACGAGAAGGACACCAGCCGCUAUCACUACGAUCAGUUCCUGUUCAUUUAUCAAAGCUACAAGACUACUCGGGCUUCGCUGUGGUGGUGCUACGUUCGCAACAGCUGGCGGAUGUUUGUCGUCGGUGGCUUGCUGAAGCUGGCCGGUGACCUGUGCGCCCUCGUCGGGCCACUGUGCAUUUCCAAUAUCGUCGAUUACAUAGCGACGCAGCAGCGACCCCCGGGCGAUCCCGUCCUGGCCGCCGCAGCAGCAGCAAUGUCAGCAUCCCUAAUUUUGGCCAAUGAUACGGCACCUAUGUUGACGGCGGGCGUCGUCGACAAAUCGAAUCAAUCACCCGCGACAGGUGACGGCGGUGGUCGCGGUGCUGACAUCGGAGGCCAACCGGAGAUCCCGGUGUCGUGGUCGGCGCUCUUGGCGAACGGCUGGAUCAUAUGCUGCCUGGUGCUGGUCGCGGCCAUCGCGCAGGGAACGCUCUCGCAGGCCAGCACCCACCUGAUGGACGCGGAGGGCAUCCGGUUGAAAAAUGCACUCCAGGGGCUGGUGUACCGGAAGACGCUGCUACUCAGCUCGAGCUGCUUCCACGCCGGGACCGCCAGCAGCACCAGUGCGAACCCACAACAAAGCGACAAACCGCGGCAGAGUGCAAGCCACGGACCGCCCAGUCGGACCGCGGAUGCCAAAGGACCUCCCACCGGCGAGCGGGUGGCACUGGAGGAAGUGGAAGUGCAGCACCCGACACGAUGCGCAAACAGCCGAAAUCCGAAACACACGCAGACCGGUCCCGAUGCCAGUCACCACCAGCAGCAGGACCGGGAAGUGUCGCGCGCGAAAGGACCCCCACGGUCAGCGGAUCACGAUGGGCCGGAAAUUGCAACCUCAGUGGUGAGCUGUCCCGGAAACGCAUCACAACCGCCACCGGCCGAAUGCAACGGGACGACGGGGACGCGUCAGCAACAGUCGGCCGGCAGCAUCACCGACACCGGGACCGUCACGAACCUGAUGUCGGACGAUGCGUUCAACGUGAUGGCGUUCGUGAAGAUGGUGCACUACGUGUGGGCCAUCCCGCUGAAGAUCGGCUUCGUGAUGUACCUUCUCUAUCGGCAGCUGGGGAUUAGCACCGUAAUUGGAUCGGUCGUUUGUAUCGUCACGAUGACACCGCUGCAGAUACUGAUCGGCAAGCUGAUGGCGGCCAACGCGAAGCAAGCGUCCGAAUGCACCGACGAGCGGUUGCGGCGCAUCAACGAGGUACUGUUGGGGAUAAAAUUAAUUAAACUGAACGCAUGGGAGGGCGUAUUCAGAGAUAAAAUUUCCCUGGCCCGCCGGCAGGAGCUGCGGCAUCUGGACCUCGACUCGAUCUACUGGACAUUAAUGAUGCUGCUGACUCACGUUUCCUCGGUGCUGAUCACGAUCGUGACGAUCGCCGUGUUUCUGGGGCUGGAACACAAUCCGAUCGAGCUGACGGCGGGCCGCCUUUUCGCUUCGUUGGCGCUCUUCAACCAGCUCACGGUGCCGCUGUUCAUAUUCCCCAUCACGAUUCCGGUCACCCUGUCGGCAGUCGUAAGCACGGCCCGGCUGGAAGCGUUCCUUGGCCAGCCGGAAGUGGAGCGUGGCUCCCUGGAGGGCAUCCGUACGAUGGCACGGAUUCUGAGCCGAAGCAACGCGUCGCUCGACCUGGACGAAACCGACGGAGAGGCCGGUUCCGAGACGGAACCGUUGCGUGGCCGGACCGCACCGGAAGCGGUCGCCGAUCCUGGGACAAAUCGAGAGGAAGCGGUUAACGUGGCCGAUAACGUGGAAUCACCACAGUCGCCAGUGGAGUCCGGCCGUUCGCUCAGUCAGCACUCGUCGGUGUCCAGCUCGUCCCGGUCGACGCGCUCGAAUCCGUGCGAGGACGCGGAACCGGUGGCGCGACGGAGUGGCCGGUGUCGGCCCGCCAAGUUCAAGAAAACGGUAGCCAGCCCGCGGGUGAAGCUGAAGAAGGGCAGCCAGCUGUCGGUGAGCGCCCGGCUGGAAAAGUGUCGCCAGAAGCAGAAACAUCUCGCCCGGGAGAUGCGGUUCGGGCUGCCGGACGAUGCGGCCGUCUUCCUGCAGGACGCCCGGUUCCGGUGGUCGGACGCGAAGAGCGGCUGCACGUCCCUGCACGUCGAGCAGCUCACCGUGCCGAAAGGCAAACUGACCGUCAUUGUUGGGCGCAGUGGCAGUGGAAAAUCGUCGCUGCUGGCGGCGCUGCUCAAGGAAAUAAAUCAUCUUUCCGGUGAGCUGAUCUGGAACAAGUACUCGACGAUUGCAUACGUGCCGCAGAAACCGUGGCUGCAGAAUGCCACCAUCCGGGAGAACGUCCUGUUCGGCGAGAGCUACCGGCCGAAGCGGUACGAGCGUGUCCUGCGCGCCUGUGCCCUGCAGCCCGACCUCGACCUGAUGCCGGCCGGUGACGGGACGGCAAUUGGCGAGCGUGGCCUCAAGCUGUCCGGCGGUCAGCGCCAGCGGAUUGCCAUCGCCCGGGCCCUCUACUCGUCGGCGAAUGCGGUCAUUUUGGACGAUCCACUGUCCGCGCUGGACAACGAGGUUGCGAUGUACGUGUUCGAGCACGGCAUCCACCGGAUGCUGACGCGCCAGAAACGCACCGCAGUGCUGGUCACGCAGAAGCUCCAGCUGGUGCACCGGGCGGACAAUAUCGUGGUGCUGGACGGGGGCGCCAUCAGUGCAACAGGUUCGCCGACGGAAAUCGAGAACAAUUAUCCGCACAUCCUCCGGGAGUGGAACGCAAUUAUCGCCAAGGAGCAGCAGCAGCGCUCGAACGAAGCAACGGCGAGCCCUGGCCGGACGGCUCGCGAACGGUGGAAGCUGUUCAAGAACGUUUCGCGCAUCAGCUUCCAGCGCAACCAUCCGCCGGAGGAGAACGACUUCAUGGAGGUAAGCGUCGGGGGCCCCCGCACACUCUACAAUCCACGGGCGGCGACAACCCGGUCCCCGUUUGGAUCGCAAUUUUCGGCCCACGACUUCCCGCUGCCGAUCGAAGAGUGCCACGAACCGAACGUAGCCCUCCGGAGACACUUCUCGAGCCGCCUGCGUAUGGAACUGUCACCGUCAGGCGACUUACGGCGCGAAACAGUUGGCUGUGGUCCGGCUGACCGGCAUCAGGGUGUGUUUCGGACGCACUCGUUACAGGCGGGCACCACCGGUGCGGCCGAUAGCAGACCGCAGGACCCGGACCAGAAGCCCAAGGCCGUGCGUCACAUAUCGUUCCCGAUCACCGGAGUCCCGCUUCAUCCGGGCGGCUCGCGGUAUGCGGAUGUUUCGGGUGCGCACAGAGCCGCCGAAGGCACCGGAAACGUCGGAGCUGACCCCGACGUUCGACGGGAAGAUAGUUGCGAAGAUUUGAAGCGAAGCGUAGCCAUCGGGUUUCGCAUUCCGGAAUUUUUGCGGCGAUUCUCGUUCCGAGGCCGCCGCUUCUCGAACCCGACCGAGCUGGGCACGGUCGACGGGGGCACCCGGGGCCGGAAAGGAUCACGGAAGACCAGUUCGUUAAAGAACGUUCCCGGGGAGCGACACCGGUCCAUCAAGCGAUUGCUGUCGACGAUUUCGCGGCGCAGUGAGGACACCGAGGAGUCAUCGGUCGACUGCGGCGAAGGCGAGGUCUCGAACCGGUUGAUCUACGACGACGAGCGCAAGUAUGGCCGCAUCCCGACGCGCACCUACUGGCUGUACCUGCGUUCGUGCGGCCUCAAGACGGUGGCCACGUUCUUCCUGAGCGCCCUCGCCCAACAGGCACUGAAGGUGUACACCGACUUCUGGCUCCAGGAGUGGACCGAACGGGCACCUCGGACACCGGCGGGUGCCACCGGAACCAAUACCUCGGAUACCGAUCCUGCUGCUGCUGCUGCUGCUCCGUUGCCAGCGCAACCGAUGGCGAGCGAUGUGCAGCAUCACUUCCACAUCUACGCGAUCCUGUCGGCGGUGUGCAUCGUGCUGGCCGCCAUCUCGGUGCCGGCCGGGCAGCGGGCGGGCAGUAACGCCCGGCGGCGGCUGCACCGGGCCCUGAUUGCAUCGGUGCUGCAGAACUCGAUCCAUUUCUUCCAGUCGGUGCCGCUCGGCCGGAUCAUGAAUCGGCUCAGCGUCGACGUGGCCGUCGUCGACAAGAAAAUCGCAGCAACAAGUCAGAAGCUGCUACAGUUCAUCCUGCUCUGCCUGUGCGCCGUGCUCAUAAAUAGUGUCGUGACGCCGUAUUUCAUCCUGUUAACAAUCCCAAUUUGCGGCAUUUACUAUGUAGUGCAAAAAUUCUACCGCGCCUCGUCCAGGGAGCUACAGCGGAUCGAGAGCAUCACCUACUCGCCGGUCCUGGCGCACUUUGCCGAAACCAUCGAGGGCGUGACGACGAUCCGGGCGUUCGGGCAGGAGUCGCGCUUCAUGGAGGUCCUGUUCCGGCGCAUGGAAGCGAACAACGUGGCGCAGGUGGCGCUGAACUGUAGCAACCGCUGGCUGGGCAUCGCGCUGGACUACCUCGGGGCCGUCAUCGUGUUCGUCGCCAUCCUGACGGCGCUUAUCACGGCCAGCCUGCGCCCCACCUCGACCAGCUCGUCGCUGAUCGGGCUGGCCAUCAACUACGCGAUGCUGGUGCCGAUCUAUCUGAACUGGGUGGUGAAGCUGUUCGCCGAGAUGGAAAUGUACGGCGGUGCGGUCGAGCGUAUACAGUCCCUCAUUGAACCCGGAGGAUCGGAGCGGCGGCGGCUGAAACGGCCACCGCCAGUCGUCGGAGGGGUCACUGAGCCGCCGGGACACCGGGGGACCCAACCGGGGGAUACGACGUGUAAGUUGAAGAACCAUAGAAGCGUCCCGAUAUCCUGGCCACUGAAGGGCGACAUCGUGUACGAGGGCGUAACGCUGCGCUACGAAAAUCAAAAGGAGAACAUAAUUACAAAUUUGAGUCUAACCAUCCCGGCCGGCCAACGGCUCGGCAUUUGUGGACGAACCGGAAGCGGGAAAUCAUCCCUGGCACUGGCCCUGUUCGGCGCGCUGGAAGUGACGGCCGGCCGUAUCCUGAUCGAUGACGUUGACAUUGUCGGGCUGCACACGGACGAGCUGCGGUCGCGGCUGUCGAUCAUCCCGCAGGAGGUGAUGCUAUUCGGGGGCAGCGUCCGGGAGAAUCUGGACCCGCGGGGCCACUUUUCCGACCUCGAGCUGUGGAACUGUUUGGAGUUGGCCCAGCUGAAGGCCAUCGUGAAGCAGCUGCCGAACGGGCUGGAUACCGGCAUAUCCGAGGAGCGGCACUACUUCAGCAGCGGCCAGCGGCAACUGUUCUGCCUGGCCCGGGCGAUCCUGCGCGGUUCCGUGUGCCUGGUGCUGGACGAGGCCACCUCCUCGCUGGACACCGACACCGAGCAGCUGGUUCUUCGGGCGGCCAAGAAGGCGUUCAAGGGCCGCACGGUCAUCACGAUAGCGCACCGGCUGCACUCGCUGUUCGAUCACGACCGGGUGCUGGUGCUCGAGCAAGGCCGAAUCGUGGAGGACGGAUGUCCGCGGGUGUUGGCCAACACGGCCGGCAGUAAGUUUGGGGCGAUGCUGAAGGCUGCCACCACCGAGGACCGCCAGCCACGCUCGAUAGUGGAAGACGAUGGCUGAAGAGGCAGCUGAGGAGGUGCUUCGAUCGACCCGG